AUGUCUCUCAAGAACGACAAGUUCCCUUCCUCCGCCGCCUUCGACGCCAUCAACAGCGCCCUUACCGGCAGCGAGGCCGACCGCAAGGACGCCAUCAAGCAGGGCAACGCCGUCUUUGCCUUUGUCCUCAAGAACGCCGCCGGCGAGACCGACCAGUGGCACAUUGACCUCAAGAACAAGGGCGAGGUUGGCAAGGGUCUUGGCGACAAGCCCACCGUCACCCUCUCCCUUUCCGAUGCCGACUUUGCCGGCCUCGUCGCCGGCACGGCCAACGCCCAGCGCCUCUUCAUGUCCGGCAAGCUCAAGGUCAAGGGCGAUGUCAUGAAGGCUACUAAGCUCGACCCCAUCCUCAAGAAGGCUCAGACCAAGGCCAAACUCUAA